AUGGCGCGGAAUCAAGAGAAGGCGAAUGGGAUGUUUAACAAGUGGACGAGCGGGAAACAAGACGCGCUGCGCGGAUCGGUGUCGCGCUCGCGGCCGUUUCACACGCACGCGGCGAAAGACCUGAACGAGGCGGAUCGGUGGCGGAGCGACGUGCUGCGCGACGUCGGAAGAAAAGUGAUGGAGAUUCAGAACGCUGGUUUAGGGGAACAUAAGAUUCGAGACUUGAACGAUGAGAUAAAUCAGUUGUUGAAGGAGAAGUGGCAGUGGGAGAUGCGAAUCAUCGAGCUCGGGGGGCCGAAUUACAUCGCGUCGGCGCCGAAGGUGGAGGACGCCGACGGCGGCGCGGUGCAACCGCCGGGGACGGCGGGCGAUAGGAAGGCGUACAAAUACUUCGGUGCGGCGAAGAAUUUACCGGGAGUGAAGGAAUUGUUCGAGGCGCCCGUGACGAAGGCGGUGCGUCGAACGCGACACCAGAUGAACCUACACAUCGAUAGCGGAUAUUACGGCUUCCGGGACGAGGAGGACGGCGUGUUGCUCAAAGACGAAGCUGAAGCCGAGCAGCAGCUGCAAGCGGCGGCGAUCGAGCAGUACGAGACGGAACAAAAACUACGUGAGCUCGAAGGCGGCGGUGGUACGCGCAAAAAGGCGAGCACCGUCGCGGACGCGGGCCGACAAUUCGUCGCGCACGUGCCGCUCGUGGACGAGGCCGAUAUCGAGCGAGAAGUGCUGAACCGCAAAAAGCAGGAACUGUUGGCCAAGUACGUCAGCGAGGAUCUUCAGGCGCAGGAGGCGAGCGCAAAGACGAUGCUGCAUUGA